UUUGCCGUUCUUAACGUCCGAAACUAAAUUUGGAUGAUUGCAUCUGGUUUCCGGUGUAAGACGUCAUAACCACCAUUGAUUGUGGGUUUCGAUAUCGGAGACAGAACUUUAAUUUUUUGUUAGUUUUAAGAGAGUUUUUACAUUGUUUGUUGGUAGGUGUCGAUAUUAAGUGAAAGCUAAAACAUCUCAUUGAUUGUGUAAUAUGAUUAAUGAAUCCACCCAAAAUGGAAAAGGUCUAGAGCAGCAGUUUGCUGGUCUAGACGUGAACUCCACCAUUCAGAGUGGAGAAAAAGCUGGAGUAUAUAAACCUCCUCACCUUCGUAAUCGUAGCAACCAAGGAAGUGGAUCUCAAACCACUAGUGAUUGGAGUUCACAAACUAAUCGUGUAAGUGAAAGAGAUAGUCGUGAACCAACUGAUUGGGACCGAAACCGAUAUUCAGAUAAAGGUGAUCGAUACAGAGAUCCUUACAAUAGAGAAUCGUCUGGAAGGACUGAUAGUUAUAAUAGAAGCUAUCCAAGCCGAAAUGAUUCAAGUAGUCGAAAUUACAGUGACUAUGAAGAUUUUAAAAAUGUAAAUAAUUGGGAAGGCAGUGACAAAGGAGGAAGAGCAGAUUUCUCUAAUUUUGGAGGAAGAAAUCGGAAAGUUAGCUCUGAUAGUUACAUAUCACGCAGGGGAGAUAGUGAACGUGAUCGUAACUGGCGAGAUCCCGAUGCUCCAAAAGAGGCCCCGCGGGAUAGCUGGCGCGACGAUAAUCAUGGAAGUAGAAGUUCCUGGGAUCGGCGAAAUGGUGGUAGGCGUUCCGAGUAUGACGACGAUUGGAGCAGACCUCUCCCUGCAGAUGACCGCUUAGAAAGGCACUUAUUUUCUCAAGGGCAUACUGGUAUAAAUUUUGAAAAAUAUGAAGAUAUUCCAGUUGAAGCCAGUGGUGAAGAAUGUCCUAAUCAUAUCAAUUCUUUUGAUGAAUGCCCACUGACUGAAAUAAUUCGCAUGAAUAUAGAAUUAGCUCGAUACGAGCAUCCCACUCCAGUACAAAAAUAUGCCAUCCCUAUUAUUUUAAGCAAGAGAGAUUUGAUGGCAUGUGCUCAGACUGGUUCUGGGAAAACUGCUGCAUUUCUGGUCCCUAUUUUAAAUCAAAUUUUUGAAAAUGGUCCACCUAGAAACAUCCCACCGCCACAGCGCCAUUCAUCACGUUUGAAACAGUAUCCAUUAGCUCUUGUACUUUCUCCUACAAGAGAACUCGCUUCACAGAUACAUGAUGAAGCUUGUAAAUUUGCAUAUCGAUCACGUGUUCGUCCUUGUGUCGUGUAUGGUGGCGCAGAUCCCGUUCAACAAAUGAAAGAUCUCGAUCGUGGUUGUCAUUUACUUGUUGCUACACCAGGGCGUUUGGUCGACAUGAUGGAACGGGGAAAAGUUAGUCUAAAGAUGAUCAAAUACCUUGUAUUAGAUGAAGCCGAUAGAAUGUUAGAUAUGGGAUUUGAACCACAAAUUCGUCGUAUCGUCCUCGAGGACGAGAUGCCCACAGUUACAGAAAGGCAGACAUUAAUGUUUUCGGCUACAUUUCCUAAAAAAGUUCAGGAACUGGCUCGUAAAUUCUUGGAUAAUUACAUCUUUUUAGCAGUUGGAAGAGUAGGUAGUACAUCAGAAAAUAUUACACAGAAAGUUGUUUGGGUGGAAGAACAUGAUAAGAGAUCAUUUUUACUGGAUUUGUUAAAUGCUGCUGGACUGAAAAAUGGCAAUCCAGCUCGUGAUUCCUUGACUUUAACAUUUGUUGAGACUAAAAAAGGAGCAGAUGCUCUUGAAAACUUUCUUCUGAAAGAAGGCUAUCCAGUAACUAGUAUUCAUGGAGAUCGUAGCCAGCGAGAAAGAGAAGAUGCUCUGUGGUCUUUUCGCACAGGACAUACACCGGUUCUUGUAGCUACAGCAGAACUGGCUCGUAAAUUCUUGGAUAAUUACAUCUUUUUAGCAGUUGGAAGAGUAGGUAGUACAUCAGAAAAUAUUACACAGAAAGUUGUUUGGGUGGAAGAACAUGAUAAGAGAUCAUUUUUACUGGAUUUGUUAAAUGCUGCUGGACUGAAAAAUGGCAAUCCAGCUCGUGAUUCUUUGACUUUAACAUUUGUUGAGACUAAAAAAGGAGCAGAUGCUCUUGAAAACUUUCUUCUGAAAGAAGGCUAUCCAGUAACUAGUAUUCAUGGAGAUCGUAGCCAGCGAGAAAGAGAAGAUGCUCUGUGGUCUUUUCGCACAGGACAUACACCGGUUCUUGUAGCUACAGCAGUAGCAGCAAGAGGUUUGGAUAUACCAAAUGUAAAACAUGUGAUCAACUUUGAUUUGCCAAGUGAUAUUGAAGAAUAUGUGCAUCGCAUUGGUAGAACUGGUCGAGUAGGAAAUUUAGGUCUAGCUACCUCAUUUUUCAAUGAAAAGAACCGAAAUAUGGCACUGGAUUUAGUGGAAUUGAUCACUGAAACAAAGCAAGAAAUGCCUGAAUGGUUAGCAGCUUUAGCAAAAGAAGUACAAGUUGAACAAAGGACCAAUAAUCAAAGAAAAUAUUCAGGGGGGGGUCGAAGUGGGAGAUACGGCUCCGGCGGUUUCGGAUCUCGUGAUUAUCGUCAGUUCGGCCGUGAUCGAGGCAGUACAAAUCGCAUCGCAGUUUCGAAUAAUUAUUCAUCUUCUGCUGUUGGUUACGGAGGAAAUAACUAUGCUCCUCAAUAUAAAGGCAACUACGGUGGAAAUUACAGUCCCGCCAACGACUGGUGGGGUAACUGAGAACUUUCCAUAAAAUGUCGACGAUGAAAGCAGCAAUGAACUAUUUUUAGUGAAAUUUACGAUACUUCCCGUUCAACAAUGUAUAUGACAUAAAUGUUUGUCACAAACUGCUUAUCUGUGCAAUGGAAAAGAAAUACAUUCUUUUACUUGGAAUGCUGCUCAAAAGAAGCAGGGUUCGUUACAUUCUUACAUAUGUUGCCUUGUUCUACUGUUGAAAAUUGUGUGGAGAAUAACUGAAGACUAUAGAUUUGGAAAACGUAGCUAUACAGACUUCAAGAAAAUUUAGGUCACAGUGCUGUUGUUGUUUGCUACAAUUGCCUGCUGAUUUUAUUCUCGAUGAGCAUUAUAUUCCUCUUGCUGCAAGGAUACGAACAAGCCGAUAUUUUGCGGAUUCGAUCAUGAUACAGUUUACAUCUGUGACACAAUUUACUUAUUUAUUUAAUAGUUAUGCACCAUAUGUCCUGCAUUAAUAGCAUUAUCAAAUAAUUGUAUUGUUGUCAUUCAUACUGAUCAGAAUUUAUCUUUAAUUGAGGAUUGUUAUGUUUAAAGUAUCAUGUUCUGAGAAUUUAAUAUAUACAUAUAUAUA